ACCAUUCCACUUCGGCUCGCUCGCGCCCUCGCCCGGACCCUAGUACAGUAGUCGCGUAUCACGCGACAUUGGCGGCGCUCGGCCAUGCGGCUCUCGUUGCCGUCGCCGGACGCCGUGAUCGCGGCGCUGCCGCGCGCUCUCGCCGUCGCGGCCGCGGCCGUCGCGGCGGCCACCACGUCCCUCCUUCUCAUCUCCGUCGCCGUCUCCCGCUCCCACGUCCACUCCUCGUCGCCACCUCCCCCGUCCACCAGUGCCUCCACUACCGCUGCGCUACCCCCAUCGCCCGGACCCUCGCCACUCCCCGACAGCGAGCACCCCCACCCCCAUGCCCCGCCAGUUCCCCCCUGCCCGCCCAACGCCACACACCUUGUCCCCUGCCACGAUCCUCCCUCCGGCGACCGCCACUGCCCUCCGCGCCCGCCUCCUCCUCCUCUCCCGCCGAAGGAACCUCCGCCGCACCCUCCGCCGCCCCCGCCGCACUGCCACGUCCCGCCGCCGCCCGGGUACCACCCGCCGCCGCCGUGGCCCGCGCGGCGCGAGCGAGCGCGGUACGCGAACGUGGAGCUCCCGCUGCUGCCCGCGGCCAAGGUGGCGGCUGGCCAGGACCCCGUUCGCGCUCACGGGGAGUGGCUGGUGUUCCCCAAGGGGGUACGGAAUUACGUCGAGCUGUUGGAGAGCGUGGUGCCGCUCCGUGGCGGCGUGGUGCGCACAGCGCUCGACGUCGGCUGCGGGGUUGCCAACUUUGGGGACUAUCUGCUGAACUAUGGCAUACUGACCAUGUCCAUUGCUCCGAGGAAUAGACAAGGAGCACAGGUGCAGCUUGCGUUGGAGCGUGGACUGCCUGCGAUGAUCGGAGGGAUCAGUGCUCACAGGCUGCCAUAUCCAUCCAGGUCCUUCGACAUGGUGCACUGUGCUGACUGCCUUGUUCCAUGGACUGCUCAUGAUGGGCUUUAUAUGCUGGAAAUUGACCGCCUUCUCCAACCUGGUGGCUAUUGGGUUUUCUCUAGGUCACCCAUCAGCAGGAAAGCACCAUACAAUGUUUCAAAUCAAGCGGUCAUGGACAUUCAGGGCAAGCAAUUAGCUAUGGAUGAUAUGGCGAAAAAGCUUCGUUGGAUGAAGUUGUCUGAGAAUGGCACAAUUGCUGUUUGGAGAAAGCCUACUAAUCAUCUCCACUGUGACCAAGAAGAAAAACUCUUGGGAUCACCACCACUCUGUACAGGAGAUGACCCAGAUAGUGCUUGGUAUUCAAAUAUUUCAAUGUGUAUAACAUGUCUUCCAAGAGUUGAACCUGCUAAUGGUUGUGCUGGUGGUGCCGUGGAAAAGUGGCCUAAAAGACUUGGUGCAGUGCCACCAAGGAUAGUCAGUGUGGAAAUGAAGUGGUUGUCCAUUCAGACAUAUAAACACGACAGUUUGAUUUGGGAGAAAAGGGUUAAUUUCUACGUAACAUAUUUAGAAUAUUUAUCUAAUGGAACUUACAGAAAUGUCAUGGACAUGAAUGCUGGUUUUGGUGGCUUUGCUGCUGCUUUGUCCAAGUAUCCUGUUUGGGUCAUGAAUGUGGUUCCUGCAAAUAUAACAAACAAUACUCUUGGUAUCAUCUAUGAGCGUGGCCUGAUUGGAACAUACAUAGACUGGUGUGAGGCCUUCUCUACUUAUCCACGAACAUAUGAUCUGAUACAUGCUAAUGGAAUCUUCAGCUCACAUAUUCACAAAUGUGGGAUUGUCGACAUCCUGGUUGAGAUGGAUCGCAUUCUCCGGCCAGGGGGUGCCGCUAUAGUUCGGGACAGAGCUGAUGUUGUUCUGAAAGUCAAGAAGGAUGCCGAUCGUCUACCAUGGCACAACAGAAUUAUUGACACUGAAAAUGGGGCCUUGGAUCCUGAGAAGCUUCUCAUCGUGGACAAAUCCCUCCCACUCCCAGGGAGCUAAAGCGAGUAGCAAGAACCAGGAUCAGUAAGCACUUCAUGUCUUCAUGACAACAAGUUCUAAGUCUUUUCAUGUUUCGAUAAGAGUGGACUGAGAUCUUAUUACCUGUACAGAUAAGGGUAUACAGGUGUCUCGGAUGUUAUUACCUGUACAGAUGAAGGGUAUACAGGCGACUAGGAUGUUAUUACCUGUACAGAUAAAAGGUAUAAGGCGAUUGUACACGCGGAAUUACAGAUCCAGAUACACGAUCGAUCCAAUAUAUUUGAGGUAUUGAUUGCACUGGACACCAUUUCACCUGUUCCUUCCAACUUUCCAAGUUCAGACUGGGAUGCCGAAAGAGUUGUUUGUUUAGGGUGUUGUACAAGCAAAGAGAAGGUGCAGAUCGAGCAUGGACAUGAUUUUCCUACGGCACCGCAUAAUCGCACUAAUUAUGGACAUGAUUUGCAUAGUGGACUUUAUUUCUUUUUCUUUUUUUCUGGGCAAUGCUUAAUUUACCGUGUUGACAGUGUGAUUAGUGGUUGUUUACCUUUCAUUAACCCUUCCUUUUUCACUUCCCCUAUUGAAAUAAGUCAGUAGCAAUCUUCGUAAA